GUUAGAUAGAAAUGAGUGAAUAUAUUAACAGUUUGUUUGAGUUAGUUAAUUUAAGAAUUUGUCUUUGAUUCAAUAUACCUUUCAACAGAUUAUCCACUAAUGGGUAAAUAACACAAGCUACUAUGAUUUUCAUCUAUUUAGGUCAUUCAAUAAACAACAUUGUCCAAUUAGCAAGUCACUCAUAAGUAUCACGAACAACUUAUUAUUUACGUAAAUAUAAACAAAUAUUUUAUGUCCAAUUAUUAAUCGAAUAUUUUAUUCGCUUUUCUUUUAAAUUUCAAUAAAAGAAUUUCUACUCCCAUCAUAUACAGAGAUAUUCAUAUAAUAACAAUAGUAUGUAACCAUGGUUUCCGUCGAUUGACCUUCGAGUAACAUCGGUAAAUUUUCUGUAAAUAAUAGAGAGAAAGUAUAAAUUGAAUUGUUCAUUCGAAUUUCAAUUAAAUACGUUUAUAUGAAAGUAUACUGUAUUAUAUUUGAUAAAUAUAUAUAAAAAAUACAUUAAAUAUAAUAAUAUUUAACUUUUCACAGUCAUAUUAUUCACUUCAUCUUUCAUUAGGCAUAGUUUGCAUUUUCAUUUAAGAUUCUUACAUACUACUAGUGAUGUUACAAAUUAAAACAAAAAAGUUGUCUCAUUAACUACUGGCCUAACUGUUGUUACAUAAUCAAGUAAACGUAUGUAAUUUGCAAAACAUGAUUAGAUUGUUAUUUUACUUACAUUUAAUAGUAAAUGUCUAUCCAAACCAUACUUACAUUCAUAAUAAUAGCAGCUAUGGUGUAAUCGACCAGCAUAUAAAUCACACUACUAAUGAUAAUGAUCAUGAUGAUGAUGAUGAUGAUUUAUUAUGGUUACAAUGGAAAAGUUUACAUCAUAAAAAUUAUUCUACUCAUAAAGAGUAUAAUGAACAUCGUGAAAAUUGGUUGUAUAAUUUACAUUCUAUGAAACAACAUAAUCUAAUGUAUGAUAAAGGUUUAGUAUUAUAUACAAUAGGAUUAAAUCAAUUCUCUGAUUUAAAUUGGAGUCAUAUAAGUACAAUAUAUUUAACAAAUUUAAGUCAGUAUUUAAAUAAACAUAAACAAAAAAGUCAGAUGUUAUUGAAACAAUCUUUAAAUGAAACAAUAUUAAAGGAAAUACCAGAUUCAUGGGAUUGGAGAAAAGUAGGUGCUGUAAGUAAAGUUAAAAUACAGGGUAAAUGUGGUGCUUGUUGGGCGUUUUCAGCUGCUGGAGCAUUAGAGGGACAGUUAAAAAAUAGGACUGGUACUUUUGUUGAAUUAUCACCACAACAAUUGAUUGACUGUAGUCAUUCAUUUGGUAACCACGGCUGUUUAGGCGGUGAUAUGAAUAAUGCAUUUCGAUAUGUUGAAAAAGAUGGAAUACAAUCAGAAGAAAGUUAUCCUUAUUUGACAAAAGAAGGUAAAUGUCAACAUAUUAAAUCAUCAUCAUUAACCUACUCUAAAUCAAUUAUAGAGAUUAAACUCAAUGAUGAAGAACAGUUGAAGUAUGUUCUAUAUGAACAUGGACCAGUUUCAGCUGGCAUAAACGUAGAGCAACAAUUUAUGAGAUACAAGAACGGCAUAUAUCAAUCCCAGUCUUGUUCGUCUACAGAAGUUAAUCAUGCAGUUCUGAUUGUUGGAUAUGGAGAAGAAAAUGGUGUACAAUACUGGAUUAUUAAAAAUAGUUGGGGGACAUCAUGGGGAGAGGAUGGUUAUGUAAGAAUACGUCGUAAUUAUAAUAACAUGUGUGGCGUAGCAACUAUGGCAAGUGUACCGAAGCUAUAGAUACACCUGUUAAAUUAUCUAAAUAAACAGUAAGGUGUUGAGUUGAUUCUUUGUUUAAUACCGGGAAAUUUGUUGCUUGCGUUUAUCCGAAUACAAUAAUCUACAAUCACAAAAACUACUAAUACUACAAGGUUCAAAAUAUUCACUGUUAUAAGAACAUUGUUUUAUGAUAAUUACGGUACAUCAUCUAAUAAUAUGCCAUAUUUGUGACAGUAACCUUGCUCCCAUUCCCAAAUUUCAAAAUAUCUUUAGAAUACCUGAAAACCAGGCUCUUUUAUUACUAUUUUUACAGUUCCCGUGACUGCAUAUUUUCCAUUCAGUUUUCAUCAUCUUUGAUGAAGUUUUUAAUUUAUUUGAAAGGCCUAUUACCUUCAGCGCACUGUUAUCAAAAACAGCACUAAACAUUUCAUGAAAUUCCUGAGCAUUUCUUUUCAAGUUUCACCAGAAUUUUAUUGUUGAUUGAAUAGUUAGAAAUCAUGACUUCUGGAAAAUUCCAAGUACUUUGAUCAGAAGAAAGACAUAAAUGUAUUGCUACAAAUUAGUAUUUUAAGUAAGAUAAUAGUUAUAUAAAAGAGCUAUAUAAAGAGUUAUUUUAUGACCGGAG